AUGACGGCCAACGGAACCACCAAGCGCAACCCCCUCCUCCAGGGCGUCUAUGUGCCCACUGUGGCAUUCUUUAAGCCCGAUGAGGAGAUUGAUCUGGCUGUCACCGAGAUGCAUGCAGCUUACCUGGCGCGCAGCGGCGUCACCGGUCUGGUCGCGCAAGGCAGCAAUGGUGAGGCCGUCCACCUGGACCGCGAAGAGCGCAAAGCUAUCACCGCUGCCACACGUCGCGCAGUGGAUGCCGCGGGGUACCCAGCCAUGCCCGUGAUUGCUGGUACCGGCGCUGCAUCGACUCGCGAGACCAUCCAGUUGUCCAAGGACGCCGGUGCCAGCGGUGCCGACGCCGUCUUGGUUCUCCCUCCGAGUUACUAUAAGGGCCUGGUCAACACCGAGGCCCUGCACGCACACUUCCUUGCCGUGGCUGACGCCUCGCCCGUUCCCGUUCUCAUCUAUAACUUCCCCGGUGCUUCAUCGGGACUUGACCUUUCUUCAGACGAUAUCUUGGCGCUGUCCAAGCACCCAAACAUCAUCGGCUGCAAGCUCACCUGCGGUAACACUGGCAAGCUAGCCCGCAUUGCUGCCGAGUCCAAGCCCGAGUUCUUGACCUUUGGUGGCUCGGCCGACUUUACUCUGCAAACCCUCAUUGCUGGAGGUAACGGGAUUAUUGGGGGUACUGCCAACCUGAUUCCCCGGUCAUGUGUUCGGCUCAUGGACCUUUACCGUAGCGGCAAGAUCCAAGAGGCUCAGAGGCUCCAGGCAGUGGUUGCUCGUGCCGACUGGGUCGCGAUCAACCGUGGCUUCGUUGCGGUCAAGAGCGGAUUGCAGUCAUACCACGGAUACGGUGGUCCUCCUCGACGCCCGUGUGUUGUUCCCUCUGACGCGACCAUAGCGACCAUCAGGGAGGAGUUCCAUGAGGGCAUGGAGACGGAGCGUGCGUUGGAGAAGUCCACAUAG